UAUGCGUACUGGUUGAAAAUAAGGCGAUGUAUUGAGGGACUAUACAACAUAGACGAGUAGAAAACAGCGGCGGUUGAUGAAUAAAUAAGGUGAUCUGAGUUUGGAAUUAAUAACCAGAGGCUCCCCGGUGUUCGUUCAUCAUGUAACAAGGAGACGGAAUGGACUACAUGGAUCACAAUUGAAUUUUUAAUGUGAGAAACCUGCUGAAAAUACCAUGAUCGUCGCCAGGAAAGCACGUAGAGUGAGCAGUCGACUCUCAUUGAGUCUAUCAUGGGCAUCCGUGUUAUGGACGGCCAUGGCAAUUAUUGUGCUUUAUGUCAUCCAAUACCAAGUUUACCAGAAAUACCAUACAACUAACAACUCAGAAAAAGAAAUUUCAGGCAAAAACUCAAUUAAUGGUUCGAUCUUUGGUCCAAACAAAAGUAAUGAUAAUGAUUCAUUGAGAACAAAGAUGGUGGAUGCGCAACAGCCAAAUAGUUCUUAUCCCCAGGUGAAAGCUAAAAAGCUCUUUGACGAGGGGAAAUGGAACUCAUCCUCUGUUUCUUCUUAUCAUAAACACUUUCCAGUUAACUGUGCAGCCAUAAUACGAGGAGAGCAUCAGUCUAUUACCAUGGCAACAAAGAUGUUGAAAACAAAUGGAAAACAGAUACCAACAGCUGUUGAAGUCAAGAAUUGGACCAGUGACUGUGAGCAUUACCGUAGUCAACGAAGGUAUCCGGUAUUCCCACGAUCAAAGGAAGAAGCAGAGUUUCCAAUCGCAUACAUUAUAGUCACCCACUCAGAAUCCUCACAACUUGAAAGAUUACUCCGUGCCGUAUAUCAGCCACAGAAUGUAUACUGUAUCCAUCCAGAUGCAAAGUCACCUUCAUUAUUUCAGGAUUCUGUUCGAUCCCUAGCUGAAUGCUUGCCAAAUGUUUUCAUUGCCUCAAAGACAGUCAAGGUGAAUUAUGCUCAUUCAAGUCGUCUUCAAGCCGAUAUCAAUUGCAUGUCAGAUCUCCUGCAAAGACCAGAACCUUGGAACUAUGUCUUGAACCUUUGUGCACAAGAUUUUCCACUCAAAACCAAUCUGGAGAUCGUUCAUCAGUUGAAGGCUUUCCAAGGAUAUAAUGACAUCCCUGGUAUCCUAGCACCAGAUUGGUUUGAUCAUCGGACUCGCAUACACCAUGAAUUCCGAAAUAACAUGAUGAUCAAGAUGAAGGAUGUGCCAAAGCCACCACCUCCGCAAGACUUCCGGUUCUUCUUUGGCAAUGCCUACUACGCUGCCACUAAGGAGUUUGUCCACUUUGUCAUCCACAACCAAACAGCUAUUGACCUAUUGAAAUACAGUGAAGACACUUUCAGUCCUGAUGAACACUACUGGGUGACACUCCACAGGAUACCUGGUGUUCCUGGAGGGUACACCAAGUCAUCUUGGAAUAGCAUUGUCAGGUUUGUCCACUGGAAGAACACUUUCAAGACACCUGAAUGUGUUGGUAAAUAUGUGAGAAACAUCUGCAUCUUCGGAGCAGGAUAUGUUCAACAUCUGGCCCAUGCUCGUCACCUCUUUGCAAAUAAGUUCCAAAUGUCAUUUGAUCCCAUUGCUAUUCAAUGUAUGGAACAGUUGUUGGAUUACAGAAAUGCUAACCCAGAGGCUAUCAAAGACUAUGUUUCAGAAUUCCCUGCAACUGAUAUGUUUGGACUGAAUUAACAUUCAUCUUAUGCUACAGUCACCCCAACAAACCAACUCCAGGGUGAUAUAAUGUUAUCUCCUAUGACAUACCAUCGGUCAGUAAGGAGUUAGUUUCACUGAUCAUGCUGUUGUGAUUCACUGUAGCAAAAAAAAAAUCACGUUUACAUUAUAUAUAUUACUUGUAUACAUGUCGGCCUAAUAGUCCAGGAAAAAUAAGGUUUGUCCGCAGACAAAUUGCAAUGGAAUUUUUUUCAACGCAAUGCGUUUUCAUGAAGUCCCCAAAAUGACAUACUAACAGUCCAGAAAAAUCCAUUUAGUGGAAAGAUGUCUAAUUUGCAUAAAUCCAAAAUGGCAGCUACCGUGAGAAAUUUUCAUGAGUAUUGAUAUUAGGACAAACACUGGUCUGAUCAUAGUACUUUUAAAAAAUUAUGAUAAAAGAAUUAAAACUUUCACCAGUGUUAUAUGUUAGCAUAGGCUUCAUUUUGAAAUCAGGAUGUAAGUCAAAUUUGACAUCUGCUGACCUCUAGAGGUCAAUGACCUUAAGGUGAACGACCUCAAAAUAUCAGAAAAUUGAUGUUUUGCAUUAUUAGUUCAUAAUAAAUAUGGUUAUAAUGAAGAAAAAAAUAAUAAUGAUUUUGAAGGUAUCCUGAUAUUGUAGAGAGAAUUUUGUGCAUUAUAAGUUUUGACCUUUGACCCUAGAGAGCAGGAAAAGGUCAAUGACCUUAACAUUUUAGAAUACUGACACUUAGCAUCUCCGAUUUAUGAUAAACAGGCUUCUAGUGUAAAAAUUGCAAUACAAUUAAUUUGAGCACGAUGCAUUUCCAUGAAGUCUCCAAAAUGACAUACUUAAAGUCCAGAAAAUCCAUGCAGUGGAAAGACGUCUAAUUUGCAUAUAUCCAAAGUGAUUUAAAAUGAUUUAUCGUAGUAGUACAAACACUGGUCUGAUCAUAACACUAAAAAUAUGAUUAAAGCAUUAUUGUUUCAUCAGUGUUAUAUUUUAUCAUAGGUUUCAUUUAAAAAUUCGGAUGCAAUUCAGAUUUGACCUGUGCUAAACUCUAGAGGCUAUGACCAAAAGGAUUAUUGACGUCGAAAUAUCAUUUUUUUUAAAUUAUGUUUUGCAUCAUAAUAGUUCGUUAUAAACAUUGUUAGGUUGUGAGAAUAGUUAAUUUUAACUUGUAAGGUCCCUUGAUACAUGAUGAAAUUUGCGAGUAUUAAAAGGUGUGACCUUUAACCCUGAAACUUUCAAUUGUCACUGUAUUUAGAAUAUUAUACUUCAUAGUUUACUGUCCAGCUUCUGCUGAAUAGAACAACCCAGUAUAAGUCACACCAAAGUGAAUAGCUUCCAUGGGACCAGUCAAAUGGAGACUUCACCUGGAUAUUCAUAUUGAAGGAACAAAGAAGAGAAAGGCAGCACGCUUCGGUGACAUCCCUCUGAUUAAAUGAAACAUUUUUAUCGUAUUGGUUAAGAAUGGCUUGUCAGCCUGUUUAAAGAACAAGUCCACCCUAACAAAAAGUUGAUUUGUGUUAAGGAUUCAACCUUCUUCCCCUGUGCUAUCCCCUAUUGUUUUGCACAAUUAAGCCCUGGGACUGAAUAAACCAUUGUUAGGGUCCAGUGCACCCUCCCUGGCUUAACAGGUGGAACAUUUUUGCAUUGGGUGUGUUGCCUUACCAAGCACUUAGGCUUCACUAUCUGCUCAGAAGUCAAACAGGGAGGACCUAUGGGUCUAUCAUUGAUUCAGAAAUGCUGUUGAAAAAUUGAAGUUUUUAGGCUUGAAUUUAGGGCAGAUAGCGCUGCAUUUUCCAUUUCAAAGCAUCAAGAACAUUACUGCUGAGAAUUGAGGCCUUCCUGAUGAUUUCCUGCCUUUAGUCACAGACGUCAAACUAAGUGAAAAUGAUUUUGAUUACUGUUCAUUUUGUAUUUUGAUUGUGUCAUUGAGAAAGUCAAGGUCAUUAAAAGGACCAUUGAAUUUUAAAUAAAUGAGAAGAGUGUCAGUUUAUAAACUAUCUUCAAUUUAAUUAAUAUCAUGUUAAUUAAUAAUUAAUAUGAAGAAGUUGAGUUGGUCCAGGACACAGAUUUAUUUACUUUUUGAAUCUCAGAAAUCGGAAAGGAUUUUCUAAAAAGAAAUGCUUUUAAGGAAGGAGUCAUUUUCUUGUUGUAUGUGAAACAUUUUGAGGACUGAUCAUGCUUAUUAAUCAGUUGUGAAAUUACAAAUGAGUAUUUUGAAAAUUGGAAGACAUUAUUCCUUUGAAUACAGGAAUUAAUCUAGAGAAUUACAUAUAUAAAUAGUGUGAAGAUUUAAAGAUAUUAUUCCUUAGAUUAUUUAUAGUUUACCAGAAUUAAUCUAGGGAAGUAUAUAUAUGAAUCUUGUGAAGAUUUAAGCAUAUUAUUAUUCCUUAGAUUAUUUAUAGUUUGGGUAAUGUUUGUUUUAAGAUGGGUUCCACUGGUCGUUCCACUCGUUGUACCAAUUCUGGUUCCAAGUCUGACUCCAAUUCUGGUUCCAAGUCUGACUCCAAUUCUGGUUCCAACUGCCGUUCCAAUGGGCGUUCCAGUAGCCGUUCCGGUCCCAUUCCCGGCUCCGGCUUUACCAUGAUUAUGACUGUCAAAUCCCGCUAUAUAUGGACAAGACUUCUAAAGAGAGUCAGAGAGGGAAGACAGAUCCGUCGUCGAGUGAUGUAACUAUUUAACGAUUUAUCAGUAUCAAUGAACAUUGGACUGGAGUGAUUAUUACACCGCAUAAGGUGGGUUACUUUGUAUGCUAAUUCAAAGACUUCUAUUUUAUAUGUUAUUUGUACUCUGAAACAAAAGCCAUCGUUCUACAAGAACCUGAAUACAGUUUUAAUAAAUUCAUUAAACUGUAUUUUUAUUGUUCAUGUAAUUAAUUCAUUUUAUGUCCUCUUGAGUUACUUGGGUGUGAUAAUUGGUUGCGAGAGUUGAUUGUAUGUCCUCUUGGGUUGACUUGGGUGUGACAAUUUGAAUGAAAAAAAAAACUCUAACGAACAUAACACUGAAAAUCUCAUCAAAAUCAGAUGUAAAAUAAGAAAGUUAUGACACUUUUAAGUUUUGCUUAAUUUAACGUAAUAUUUAUAUGCACAUCCCGGUCGGUAUGCAAAUGAGGGAACUGAUGACAUCACUCACUCACUUUUUCUUUUGUAUUUUAUUACGUGAAAUAUUUAAUAUUAUAAUUUACUCAUUGUCCUGUGAAACAAAGUUUUAUUUCUCCUUGAACAUGUUGAGUUACCAUUGUAUUAUGAUUCAGUCAAGUUGAUCCUUAUCAUGCUUAUUAUCAAAUCUGUAGGAAUUGAAAUAUUGUAUGAUUCAAACAAUAAAAAACAAAAGAAUAAGUGAGUGAGGGACAUCAUCCAUCGAUUCUCUCAUUUCCGCGUAACUAAAUUGUGCAUAUAACUAUUUUGUGAAAAAUAAGCGAAAAUUUAAGAUGUCAUAACUUUCUUAUUUCACAUCCGAUUUUUAUGAAAUUUUCAGCAUUAUGCUUGUCUGAUUUUUCUCUAUUGAUUUAAACCAACAUUUUUCUGAGGUGGACUUGACCUUUAAAGGUAUCCCGAUUUCCGACAAAGGCACCUGCUUUCUGGGUUUUUACGCACUCUUCCAUGUAUAAUUUACAUACUGUAUUUUACAUUCAUUGUUUUCUCUACUAUAUUAAUGAUAUCAGUAAUGUGUAUAUUAUAUAUGAAAAUUGAUUAAAUGUCAAUUGGAAUAAAAUAGAUGUUUCAUUAAAUUGAAAUGAAGUU